AUGGGUGCAUCAUAUCAAAUAUUCGGUAAAGCUGUUCCCACACAUUAUAUGGCUAUUGCUACCUUGGCAACUGCAGGUGCUAUUGGUGGAUGGGCUGCUAGUGGUCCCAAGAAGCCUACAGAUACUACAACUAGCUCAGCUUCCCCCAAGGAAGAUGAUCUCGAUAUUGAAAAGUUGAUAUCUGAUUUUGUAAAAGAUCAAGACAAUGGUUCUUCCACAGCAACUAAAUAG